AUGGAUUUGGUGGAGGGAUACGGAGGAUAUGUGAGUGAGGCGUCCCGAGGCCUUUCAUCAGAGCGGCAGGAAGACUUCCAGGUGAAGCGGCACCAUGAGAGCCUCAUCAGCGUGGACCUGAAGAAGCCGGGCAGCAGCACAGGGAGAUUUGCUAACGCCACCUUGGUGCGUCUCUCUGAGUUUCUGAGUGCCGGCUAUAAGAAGGGAGUGAGACCGGUGAAGGACUGGAGGACGUCCACCAUCGUGGCCAUCGACCUCAUGGUGUACUCCAUCCUCAAUGUGGACGAGAAGAACCAGGUUUUGACAACGUAUGUGUGGUACAGGCAGUCAUGGACAGAUGAAUUCCUGGUGUGGAACCCGGAGGAUUUUGAUGAAGUGAAACAGGUUUCUUUACCUACGGCUAACGUGUGGGUGCCGGACAUCCUCAUCAAUGAGUUUGUGGAUGUGGGGAAGUCUCCGGACAUACCGUACGUCUAUGUGACCCACGAUGGACUGGUGCGAAACUACAAGCCCAUCCAGGUGGUGACGGCCUGCACGCUCAACAUCUACAACUUCCCUUUCGAUGUGCAGAAAUGCAGCCUCACCUUCCAGAGCUGGCUGCACACCAUCGACGACAUCAACAUCACGCUGAUGCGAAGCCCCGAGGAGCUCAGGGAGGACAAGAGUGUGUUCAUGAACCAGGGAGAGUGGGAGCUGCUGCACAUUCUGUCCAACUACAAGAUCUUCAGCGUGGACAACGACGACUACUACGCCGAGAUGAAGUUCCACGUGGUGAUCCGGCGGCGGCCAUUGUUCUACACGGUGAACCUGCUGCUGCCCAGUAUGUUCCUGAUGGUCAUGGACAUCGUGGGUUUCUACCUGCCUCCAGACAGCGGGGAGAGGGUUUCCUUUAAGAUCACUCUGCUGCUGGGGUACUCUGUGUUCCUCAUCAUCGUGUCUGACACCCUACCUGCCACCGCCAUAGGAACCCCGCUCAUAGCCGGCCACAAAUGA